AUGACCCUUUUCAGCGUCGUACCCAUCCUCUGUUUCUUCCCUAUCUUGGUUCUCCUGCCCGCUCACACUCUCGCAGAAGCGGGCGAACUUGUUCUCUUCUUCGAUGCCUCCUGCAAUAAGGCAAGCACAGCUCUACCUCAAGUCUCAUUUGACCUAUCCACCUAUUGUUACCCAGCAUGCCCCAACGACAGCACUGCGGACAUGAUAAUACAUGACUUUGGAUCAAAAACUAACGAAGCACUGCUUCAACUGCCGAAAUUAUUGUUAUUGGGCAACACUAACUCCAACCUCAUCGGGUACGAAGACAGCAUCUGUGCCCAACAGGUGAAAGGUUUCCUCCAAGACAUAUGCCUUCGGUACUCUGCAACACUUCUUAUUGCCAGCGUAAUGUUCACUUGCGACGAUCCGGCGAAUAAUCCUCAGCCGACAAGCACGUUUACCGCUACUGCCACAAGAAUUGCGGGGGUGGCGACAAGCCCAGCUCAAGGAACGAAUGCCGCAAUCAGUUCGAAAACUUCGGCUUCAACGACGACUGUUGGGAGAUCGUCGCCAACUUCCGCGAAUACUGGAAAUUCAGGAAGUGCGUGCAGCAAAGGCUCUGCAGGUCUGAAAAUGAGUGACAAGAUAGCGAUAGGAGUUCGGGUUGGAGUCGGCAUCACGAGUAUUAUAAUUGCUUUGGUAGCUUGGUUGUGGCCAAGACAUGGGAAGGUUGGGGGAGGACACAUGCGAAAUAUGGGGUGGAAUUAA